AUGAUUCUGGUAUUUCUAGCACUGAUCACACCUUCUGAAGCUGAGCAGUUCAAAUUCAGUGAUAAACUUCUUGGUUGUGGAAUUUUGGUCAGUCUGCUCUCUACACGAUUUCACAAACAAAAAUUUGUAGUCUGGAGACUUUCGAAAUGAGUACGUAAAUCUCACGUUUCCUCUUCAACCAAGAGAGUCAAUAAUUUGGAAUGGAACCGUUUGGAACAAUGCGUCAUCGUAAGACUGAUUUCUGCUCGGAUUGGAUUGACUUCUUCUUUUAUAGGGUCAAACUGAACAUCUUGUUCCCAGGGCAUACGAUUCCAUUCCAUAUGAGAUCAACUCUGAGCCAGAACAGAACCGGAUACCACGUGUACUUCAACAACCGCUGGGACUACGACUCGGAAGAGUUCGAGUCAGGGAAAACAUUUGAAAGUGGGAAACCGUUUCAAGUGAAAACGAUGUAAGCAUCAAAAGGAAUCCAGACUUUCAAAAGUGGAGCAUUGUUUUCAGAUACACUGGCCACACUUUUAUUGUGUAUUUCAAUGACUAUUUGGUCCACAUUCAGAUAAUGACUACCGACCCGUGUAUUCCGCUCACAAGCAUCCAUGCUGAUGGUGAUCUGUCUACUAACUGGAUCAGCCGAAUAUGUGCUCCUGCCAAAGCGCAAAUAAUUCGCUCGACGAAGUCUUCUCAAUUCACAUGUGACUGUUCAAAUGUCUGUUCGGUUCCAAAGAUUACUUGA